AUGUCGCCACCGGGGUCCGUUCAGCCCACCGCCCAGACUCCGGCGACCUCGAAGGUAGGCAUAUGCUCUGGAGUUGCGAGGUCUUCCGCCAGUACACUCUAGGGAUCCAUCCUUGCUGUAUGGGGUUCCUGCGGGCUUUCGGCCACCUACCUACCGCAGACGCAAGUCGCUUUUGGACGAAUUACCGACAAGGAUGAGGGCGGCCGAAGUGACCAUUUCCGACCUACUUGUCCUCAGUAGUUACCCACAUCCUAAAGCAAAACGGACUGUUCGUGUGUUGUUUUUUGCCAUAGUGGUAACCGAUGAUCCUAUUUGACCCACUUUGAAACGUUGUUUGGCUUCUUCUGUUUUGUCCGUCAGCCAUUCCUACAGUUUUGUCAUGAUAAGUACCAACAAAUGACUUCCCAGAGAGAGAGAGAGAGAGAGAGAGAGAGAGAGAGAAAGAGAGAGAGAGAGAGAGAGAGAGAGAGGGAGGGAGGAGGAGGGGGAGGAGGAGAGGAGGAUUCAGAUGGCGUAGAAUGUGAAAGUCGUAACGACAAAAACUCAAGAGAUACAAAUUAAUAUUUUCAAAAAGGAACACAUGCUUAAAAGUUUGCUCAACAGGUUUCCUUUUUGAGAGGAAAUUCGACCGGGUAUGGGGGUAUGAAGCCUCCCCCUAAGUACUACAGUUGGUUUCGCGCUAAUUUGCAGGAGGCCGCAGAUUCUCGUGUCCAAACUUUGACCCUAGGCCACCUAACCCUAAGCCUUAUCAUAAGCCUAACCCUGACCUUAGCCCUAACCUUAAACCCGAUCUCUCCAGAAUUUAACGCCGCCAAUCUCGCCGUGCAGGCGACGUGGGGAAGAUGAGUGCUAAUGACUUAAUAGCCCUUGAGAGACCUAUAAACACUGUUAAUUGAGUACAUUUUUAUGCCUUCAUGUAACUGUAUUGACUUGACGAAGAAGUACCGAAAACACGUGUUUGCCAAUUUGACUUUCCAAUGUCUUUUUUGCACACCCAAGCAGAGCCGGUAAACGUUUUUCUCUCAUUCAUUAAAUGAUUCCUGGGGAUGAAGCACCCCUACUGAGGCCUUUUGUCAUUUGUCUAUACUACUUCCGGAAGAUAGGUGGAUACAGUCUGUGACCAGUCCAAUGGAAUGUUAACAGAAACUCCGGAAUAAGUCCCAGACUAAGAAGGAUUGCUUAGGUGGAGUUGUAAUACUGACUAUCUUGCGAAGUAAUACCAAGAUAUAUUGAUAUAUGGUCUGGGAGGCAUUGUAAGUAGUUCGAAAAUAUCAAUAGCUUGAGUAAAAAUGUCAGUCAUAGUGAACACAAUGCAACUCCUUGUUAACCCAACCAAGUCAACUUUCUGAAAUUUGUAUAGGAGGAAGACGUAAUUUCGACGUAAUUUCCUGCGCAAUCGAUAUAAGGAAAACCAUCACCGUCAGUUUCGGGGGCAGACUGGUGUUAUAUGAACAGUGAAUUAUUACUGGAGAAGUAUACACUACUUACUUAGUGAGUGCCUCCCAAAUGUGUUCUCCACAGCUAGCCGUGUGUGUUCUUAUCAGGGAAAUAUCCUGACACGGUUUCUAGUGUUAACUGUGUCGUGUCCUUGACGUAUACAUCUUCGCAUAUCAGGCUUGUUAGCAUCUGACGCAUCGACCCCGGUGUUGGGAUGCGUCAGAUGGUCAAGCAAUCAUCACGCCAACAUCCAACGCACGUGAUGAAAUUGCAGCAAUUAUCGACUCGAAUGUCGGCCAUCAAGCAAUGAUCACACCAAGUGCGACAAUCCCGGAUGAAGGGGGGAGCCGUGAACGUUCAUAGGUAUGCGGUAGCAUGGCUACUGCAUCCUAUAAAUACCGCAGCCCCUUGUGCAACAACCACCCGUUUCUGCUCUUUUGUCUCUGAUGAUGGAUUCGAGUAGGAAUCCGAAACGUCAGGCUAAUAAUGCUCUUGUCCCGGCGAUCGUGUCUCCUUCUUUAAUAGCCCACUUUUUGCCAAUCAGAAUCCCUAUAUCACGAUCAUUCGUCAGAUCAUCAAGCCAGUCGCCCGGAUGUCCCAAAGCUAAAACGUACGAUGUGAACUAGGCAGAUCGAUUGUUCGGGUCUGCCUAAUGACACUUGUCCUUCGCUCCUAUGAGCUCCCCUUUUCCAUAGUAUGUUCAAAACAUGAUAUCCAAGAAUAUAUUUAGCUCCAAGGUGCGGUCGGCGUAGUUUAUCACAUCUCAUGCUUUGCCUGUCGUUGAAAAUACACGGGUCAGACAGAACGCGUGCUCAGAUCGCGCAUACAUGAGAGCAAGCUGGCUCUGGGAUGGGGCCGCAAGGUAUACCAAGUGGCUGUCCACACCUUUGAAAUUGGUGGUAAGUUCAAGCCCGCAGCCGCCAAGAUAGUCGCUUACGCCAGUAGCAAGACAAGCAGAGAAUUAAUGGAGGUCUGGGCCUCGGAUGAGAAGCUGGUCAAUCGAUUUAUCGAUCCGGUGCCGACGUACAGGGCCCUGCGCAGUCACCUCCAGACCUGCACCACCGAUCGUUGAGUGGCCAACACCCUCCUACAAAUGUUGAGUGUUCUGCCGCUGCUGUCAUCGCUGACGAAGUACCCCUGUACGAGUUCGAUAGCACAGAAAAAUUUUCAAAUCCUUUUGGUGUUAGAUCAGUCUUUUUCCCUCUUUCUCAUGCAGACCCCUGGAACUCAAACAUUUGCUUCCAUUAGGGAUAAAAUACUCUUCCGAUCGUAAGAAAAAUAAAGGAGUAUGUCAGGUCGCCGCUGCAUGUCAAACUACUGCUCAUGUGAUGCUUUUUAUUUGGCAGAACAGUUCGACAAUUCAAUUGGUUUCCUGCUUGUCGUCGCUUAAAUUACGUAUGUCAUGACAUAGAUAGUAAAAACUCGGAAAACAUUUACAAACCGAGAACGUUAUAUCUUUUCAGCAGUAAGUAAACACGAAAUAACUUGGACGUAAAUAAAGCAGCCGAGAGGCAAUAUGCGGUGACGACACAUCGGAAGGAAAUACUUUGGUGGAACGCUCACUUGAAAAAUGCUUAAGUUCCAGCUUUUUACAAAGAUACACGAUAAGAAAACAUCAAUGUUCUGGCGUCUGUUUGGCCAGAUUUCGCGCCUAUGGACGUUAAUCCAAAUGCGUCUGCAAGUCUGCCUACUGUAAGGAAUAUACUGUUGUUUCAACACACGCCUAUUCCUUGUUUAAACUUUCAGUUGGACGAUGAAAUGGCGAAACAUCAAAACACUCUCGCUUCGUUGAAACUGACCUUGAAAGAUAAAAGCGCUUAUCAGAAGCUGUGCGAAACCAGGAUCAAUGAAAGAAAUCGUCGCCAGAAUAUGGAAGCUUGCUAUGAUUCUCCGAUGAGCACGUAAGUCAAAAUUGGAAUCAUUUUCGUGAGAUUACAGUUUGCGGAAACUUUAACAUGUGUCUAACUUUUAGGCACUUUUAAUGCAACCUGUCUUAUGUUAUCCGGGGCUCUAUACUUCUUACAAAGGCAAGAUUUGAAAGAGCACGCGAGCAUUUUUGGCAAAUAAGCCGCUACCUCUUCCGAUGUCUUCGACAUCAGUUUGUGGGUGAACCCUGGUGGCAGGACAGAAAACGGAGACGAUUUCUUUUAACCCCUAAGUUCUAAUCCAUCGAUAUCGCGAAGGGUCGCACAGUGACCGGUUACGCUGUCCCGGUUCCAAGUGUAAGCGCAAUGUGGGCAUUGAAAGGAAAAUAAGCCGAAGGGGGAAGCUGAAAUCGUUAGUGGGGAAAGUAGCCGAGGCUGAAACGGGAAAGGCGACCUGAUAUAUGACAAAUCUGCCGCGAGGUUGAAGGAAGCCUAGAACCCCCGCAACAGACCUGGAUGACAAAACACACGGGGCAACAAUGCCCCAAACCUAACGGUAAACCGAACCGUAACCUCAAAAUUAAACCUAAUCCUUAACGUAAUUAUAAACAUAACGACAACUAAAGCCAAAUCCUUAUCCUAGCCUUAACCCCAACCCAAAGGGAUUUUGGGCCUUGAUUUUGCGAGCAUACACAGCUUGUAAUUCAGAUAUCUAACAAAUAAAUGGAAAGACUGGUUAUUUUGUUAAAGUAUGCAGGAAUUACUGGGUGAUUUCAAACCGACUGGCGUCCUUCUUUAAAGGGUGCAAUUUAAUGGGGGUCUAAUUUCACGCAAUUCAAGCAGAAUAAUGGAAUUCGUAUUAUUAUGGUUUAGUUAACACAGUCUCGUAAAUUUACUGAGAAAAAACACGCAUGGAGUUAUGAUUUUUUAAAUGUGGAAAAUAGUGAGACAUUGCAUAACGAGAAAUCAUCAUAUUGACUACGAAUUAAUGCACGGUCAUGUUCCAUACUAGUCAAUGGUAAAGUCUCACUUAAACAGUACCUUCCAUACGAAAGAAUGCCUGCAGAUUUACACUCGUGUUUUUCCAAGCGUCGAUGCACGCUGUUAUCCUAAACUCACUUGAGUCUUUUUCACGCCCUCCUCAAACUAAGCGUCAAGAGCGUGUUCCAGUCUAAGAGAAUUCUGGUAGGUUGGAUUAGCGGAGAAUUCACAUGUUACAAAAAAGUAGCCAUACUUAACGUCCUAACCGAGGCAGAAAUUCUGCCAGUCAGUGAACUAUCCUGGUAUACCGAAAGUACAAGAAUGAACGGUCGGAUGUGAUUUGGUAGCCCCACCUGAAGUAAACAAACCUCAGUCCCCUCUUAUAAGGAACCGGUGGUAAUAGGGGUUUUUGAAGGUGGGGACGGGGAACGCACAGGUGACAAGGUCAAGUAGUUGUAUGCAAAAUAAAAUCUAUUGGGAAUGCGUUGUAGUAUUUUGAGUGGUUGAGAAAUAGUUGUCCUAACCUCUAACCCUAACCCUAAACUCUAACCCUAACACCCUAACCCUAAUUCCCGCUUACACAGUGGAUGCGCCAUCACAUGAAAUAUUAAUCAAAAUUUGGUCGGAUGUGAUUAUGUAGCUCCACCCGAAGUAAGCAAACCCCAGUCACCUCCAAUACGGGACGGUGGUAAUAGGGGUUUUUACAGGUGGAGCCGGAGAAAGCACGGGCGACGAAGUCCAGUAGUUUUAUGCAAAAGAAAAGCUAUUGGGAGUGCAUAGUUGUACUUUCAAUGUUUGAGAAAUAGUUGCCCUAACCACUAACCCUAACCCUAGCCCAUAAUUACAACCCCUAGUCCUAGACCCCAACCCUAACCCUAACCUUUACCCCUAACCCCUAGCCAUAAUCAUUAACCCCAACCCCAACAGUAUUGUGUUCAUCAGGCGGGGCUACCAAACCACAUCUUACCGAAUGAACUCCCGAUACAUUGAUGUUAUCCGGACCACCGUGCUAAAAAGGGAAUAGGUUAUAAGAAGACAUGCACCGUUUUGCGUCAAACAAGCCAGUUGUAAAAGGAUCAUCUCUAAACUUGCUUAAACCUGACUCAUCCUGCGGGAUUUGUUGAGUUGGGGUUAAGAGUUGGCUAGCUGAAGGGACCAGUUAAGCUGUCCUCGUUGAGAAUCAUUCGACGGAUGACAGCAUUGCUAAGACAACGUUAAGAUGUGAGGAUCAUAGUUUUAUGUCAGUUGUCGCGACAGCUAUGUAAGGUCGUGGGCAGGCCCUAGCCACCACGACCUUCAGGCACGAUCCCGAACAGAAGCCGGACGUCAGCAGAUAGAUUAUAGUGGUAUUACCGACAAAGACAAGGGAGACCGGAAUGGUCAUUUCUGGCUUAUUAGCUGUCGUCAGCCCGUCAUACCCAACCCUGUGCGGCUGCUGAUUGAGCUCGAGAGAGAGCCCGUAAGGCACAAUGGAACGAGUGAGUUCCGUAAGAACGAUCGGUUAGCGUCCCUUACCACUGUAUAUUCCCGAUCGAAAACCGACAGGGCAACGGGCUCGUGGCCCAGUCGUUAGAGGCGUGGACUUUUAACUAACAGGUCGCGAGCUCGAGCCUUGGGUGAUCCACACCCCGGGGUUGGGUAUGACUGGCGGACGACGGCUAAUAAGCCAGAAAUGGUCAUUCCAGUCUCCAUUGUCUUUGUCGGUAAUACCAUUCUGACUAUAGCAUGCGCCGCUGUGUGGCUGCUGGUGGAGCUCGAGAGAGAACCCGUAAGACACAACGGAACGAGUGAGUUCCGUAAGAACGAUCGGUGGGCGCCCCUCUACCAUAGAUUAUUGUAUUCUAUACCCGCCCCCCACCCUCCAAUCGGCCACGGGGUAGGUGUGUUGGACCAACACGGCGACCAGAUCAGGGCACGUGACGCGUUAUUGGGCUGCGCGUCGAAUACAAAUGCGCCUACAGGGGAGACGUGGUGGUACGUCAAGCCAAAAGUUAGCGCUGAGCCGGGCACCUGCGCCCGAACCUGCCUAUGGUCUUUCUGGCUCUGUCUUGAUACCGGGUCCAACAGGCGGCGGGGAUGAGAGAGUGUGUGAUAGAUACAGUGGAAGUUUGUCACAAAUCACAAGUACUUCACGCGCAACUCGCUGUCCCUGUGUCUACCCUGCUGUGGAACAAACAUCGGGCACCGUCGACAACGACGACGGUUGGACUGUAGUAUUCUGUUCAGAAUGAUUGCAUGGGGGGUUGGCAGCUGGCGGAAGGCACACAUCCGGUGCCGCCAGACCAUGAACCUGGGGUGGCGGGGCGGCAUACGUCACAGUGCCUUGAGCGAGUGCAUGUCUGAAUCGGCCCUAAAGCUGACCGGCCGAUUUGGAUAGUUAUGAUUAGCUGAAAACUAGACGGCCACAGGUAAGAGAGUUCAGUCACGCACGAGGCGCAAAGUUGCAUCAGCCGCCCGGACAAGGACCGUUACACGGUUUACGCAGUAUUUUAGGAUUACGCAUGCGGAAUCAAAUAUGCUGCUGAUUUAAUUAUUUCCGUUCCCAAUUUUACUUUUUUCCGUACAGACUGAAUCGCGAGGCCUUCGAGCUGCAAAAAUUUGUGGAGGAUCUUCAGCGAACCAUCAGGGAAAUGGAGCUCCAGCUCACACGCCUGACCAAGACACGGAAUGCCAUGGAAGGGGAGCUCAACAUAAAAGAGCGGUCAAUCCAAAUAGACCACAAAGAAUGCUAUGGUCUAAGGAAGACGUCCCUUUUGGCCGAGAACAGCAGAAAAAUCUUCCAAAUGCCCAUCCCCCUCUAG